CCAAUAUGAACACCCCAAGACAUUAUUACAUCGGCUAAUCCACCCUUCAUGUGGCGCCACCAUAUCAAAUCCUGUCCGUCCCAGCACAGAUCCCAUCAUCCCAGCCGUCCCUUCACCUACUAUUGUGCCUGAGCCCCUUACGCCCCUUACCCUUGUGGCCUUCUCGCUCGGUGGCAAACAAGCAUCCCGCACCGAGCGUGACCAAGAGACAUGGCGGAGGCCAACAACAACAGCAACAACAAUGCCAAUUCCAUAGCGCAGCAGCAGCAACAGCAGCAGCAUCAUCAACAACAUCAGCAACAGCUCCUUUUGCAGCAGCACCAGCAACAGCUCUUCCUGAUGCAGCAGCAGCAACUCCAGCUCCAACAACAGCAACAACUGCAACGGCAACAACAGCAGCAGCAGCAACAGCAGCAGCAGCAAUCGCAGCCAUCUGCCCACCACCAAUCGCCUUAUAAUCUCCUGCAGCAGCAGCAGGCCAUGUCCCGCUUCCCCUCCAACAUCGACGCCCACCUCCGCGCCCCCGGCCUCCGAUCCCUCCAGUUCCAGGCCCCUACUCCUCCGCCGGCGCAGCCCUCCUCCUCACAGCCGCCUACCUCCUCCAACCUCCACCACCAUGCUUCGCAGUCCCAGCCGGCGAGGCCAGCGGCGACAGGGGUCGGGGUCGGCGUCGGGAGGCCCGGGAACCCCUUGGAGAUUGAGAUGGCGCAGAAGGACGCCUUGAUGGUCUGCAACCCCGACUUCAAACGCCCCUUCGCCUCCGUUGAGGAUGCCGUGCUCAGGCUGCUGCCAUACCAUGUGGUAUCUGAUUAUGAAGCUGAAGAAGAUGACAGGAUCCUUGAUAGUGAUACCACUGGUCAUAUAUUUUCACGGAUCCAGCAAUGGGACCACAACGUUCUCACAAAGAUUGCAGAGUUUACCACUACAUUUGAGAAACAAGUCCUUGCUUUCAACAUAAUGUCAAGAAAGAGAGCACAAGGAGAAUUCAGGUCAGAGGAGAGGCUUAUGAUGGAGCAGUUUUUAAUGCAAGAAGAGAAGCAAGCUCUGUUAGGAAUAAGAGCAGAAAUCGAAUCCAGAGAGAAGGCUGGUAGGGAAGCAGCAGAGGCCAAGAUGCGGAUGGCAAUGGUUCAGGCUGAACAUGCUAGAGCAGAUGCCCAGGCCCAUGCAGAAAUGUAUGUUCGUGCCCCAGUGAGGGCUGGCGCUGCUGGUUCCCUUGGUGACGAGGUUUCUGGCCAUGAUAUGGGGCAAGAACAGGCAGGUAACAUGGACGAAAUUCAUGGGUGGGGAAAUGCUCAAAGAGAGGAUGAAGAGCCAUCAGAGGAUUUUUUGAAUGAUGAGAAUGAACCUGAGAAUGGAGACACCGGAGAACAAGGUGAAUGGCGAGAAGCUGGGGAGCUGGACUUGAACACUAGGUGAUGAUAGGAUAAAAUCCUGGCUACUUUCCAGUUUGCAUUUAGUAGCUUAUGCACAGAGGGUUACAAAGUCGCUAACUUGACAUGAUCAGAUCUGUUUGUUUAUGGAGUUCUUAGACUACGUUUGUGAAAAGAAAGAUUACCUCUUCCCAAGCAAGAGUGUGGCUCGACUGCUGGAUCUGAUUCGAUUUCAUUUCGAGCAGCUGUUUUUAUCUUGGAGAUAGUUUUCCGGCAGCACGACCAGAAAGUUAACAAGGUCAUACCUUUUAACUGCUUUUGUGCUAUGAUCAAACGCUGUGCUGCUGAAACUGAACUCAUUUUACUUUCUAGAUAUUACUGGUAGGAAAUAGUUGAAACGAUAUCAGUGAAAAAUUGUCAUCGGUGUAGACGGACCGAUUGCUGAUUACUUAUCUAAGUUAUAUGUUUAUUCUCGGCACCCAACUUGGGGAUUUCUAGUUGCUCUGUGUCUGUACAUUAUGAAGUAUUAGUUCUACGGAGAACUUAGUGUUU